GCCAGUUUGGCGUGAACUUCGAAGGGUUGUUGUGUUUUUCGUGAUUUUCUCCGAUUAUUUACGUAUUCCCAUAGACUCUGAACGAUUUUUUUUAACUGUUUUCAUUCAAAUAUGAAGAAAAUAUUGUCGUUUUUUGUCGGCGUUCUCGGAGUGUAAUUUGUUAUUGUUGUUUACAUCAAUUCUCCCGAAGUUUUAACAUGUCUGGAAUCAAUAAUUCCGUAAUUUUGCUCUUCCUUACUGCGGGUCUUCUUUGCUUGUGCUCGACCAUCGAAGAGCCCUAUUUCAAGCGAAGUCCGGAAGAAGUGUCCGUGAACGUGGGGUCCUCGGUCACCCUGCCCUGCGAAGUGACUCCGGGAAAUGGCAUUAUCUACUACUGGGAAUUGAAUGGAUCGAAAGUUGUAAAUACUACGAGACGUUUCAUGAAAGGAAGUGAUCUCUAUAUCACUAGAGUGGACAGGGAACGGGAUACUGGUGAAUUUACUUGUAUCGCCGAGGACAUCACUAGAAGAAAUGCACCGAUCACAAGUUCACCGGCAUCUUUGCUGAUCGAAUUUAUUGAAGAGCCCGAAGUUAUAUUGCAGGAACCGGCCAAACCCGAGGAAAUUCGACUUGGAGGUGGAGUGGUGCUCAAGUGCCACUUGGAUGCCUCGGGAGAUAUACAUAUCGAAUGGUUUAGAAAUGGUGAGCGCCUUUCUGACCACAAUCGUAUAGAACUGAAGAAAAGAAGGAUUGCCAUUAAACAUUUGGAACCUUCUGACAAUGGAAUUUAUAGGUGCUCGGCGAAGAAUGCCGCCGGUGUACGGAACAGCUCUAAAAAUUUUGCCUUGCGAGUUGAAGGAAAUAAUUACCCUUUAAUACAAAGCGUACCUGGAGAUCUAGUAAUCAAAGAAGGUACUUCAGCCUAUUUUCAUUGUUCCUAUAAGAAUGCUGAAACUUUGGAUUGGCGGUUUAAUAAUACGAACAUUUUAAAACCCAGUGAUAGAAUAACAAUACAUUCAAACGGGACUCUACAAAUAAACAAUAUCAAAAAGACUGAUCACGGCUGGUAUAGUUGUAUAGGAAACAAAAAAGGCUCAACAGAAAAUUCUCAAAUAUACACUGCCUAUUUACAAAUCGCAUUUUUAGAUACAUUUACAUCGAAUUCUUUUGAACCCGUGUUAUCUGAAACCGGACAAGUUGUCGUUGGAGAGGGUUCAUAUUUUCAACUCACCUGUCUUGAACCCAUAGGCUUGCCUUAUGCCAAAAAAUGGUGGGAAAAUCCUGCGGGACAUACAAUUUCUGACAGGGGUGACAUUUAUGUGGAUGAUGGGAGACUCGUUAUUCAGAAAGUAAAAUCGUCUGAUGCCGGAAAAUACACUUGCGUCGCAGAAAAUAUAGCUGGCAAAACCACAAAAGCUGUCGAAAUUGUUGUUACUACUAAACCAUCAUUAUUGCAAGGCCCUUCUAGCGUCACGGUCGACGAAAACGAAAAAUCAGUUUUAACUUGUGCUUACAACACCACUCACGAAGAAUACACCGCGGUAAGAUGGCGAAAGGACGGCAAGUUGUUAAAGCACGAGUACAGCGAAGCAAAUUCCCUACACCAAAGGAUACGAGUCUAUAAACAUAACGGCACGCUGGUAAUACACUCGACACAAACGUCAGACAGAGGAGAAUACGUAUGUGAAGUGAUUACGGAAGGUUUCGGACCGGUGACUUCGGAGCCAGCGACGAUAUCUGUUAUUGAACAAUUACGUUUCGUACCACCUCCUGUCAAUCGAAAACUGGAGCUCGACAGUGUUGCCAAAAUUCACUGCAAAGCCCAAGGUACGCCGCCACCGCUGAUUCACUGGGAGAAAAACGAAUUGUCUCCUGAUAACUUUCCAAGUCACAUCACCGAUAUGAAUGGUACCCUCCAUUUCAACAGAGUCACAGCAAAAGAUAAAGGAAAAUACAGUUGUAUAGCCAGUAAUAGUCAGGGUACCAUAAACGCCUCAAUUAAUAUAGAUGUUGUAGUUGCACCAAAAUUUGUGGUUCCCCUUAAAAGUCCAGUUGAGGUAAACGAAGGAGAGUCUUUAAUAAUCAAUUGUGUGGUGGAAGGAGAUCCAGAACCCACUGUACAAUGGGACAAAAAUUCGAAAAUGAACGAUUUCGAUAUAUCCAGGUUCAAAUUUUUACCCAACGGAUCUUUGUUCAUCUCAGAAGUAUACAGAGAUGACGAAAAUAAAUAUGGCUGUACCGCGGGGAACAGUGCUGGUUUAAAUAGAAAAGAAAUUCAAUUAAUUGUUCAUGGGAAAGAUGGAUACCACGCUGGAGGAGAUGGAGAUACCACAGUGACCAAAGCUGUCUUGAUUACUAUGUCCGUUGCAGGCGCCUAUAUUGUUUUAGUUAUCGGACUAAUGAUUUGGUGCCGCUACAGAAGGAGGUCUAGAAAAUUACCAAUUGCGGAUGGAAAAUUAGAAAAUGGAGAUUUGGAACAUCAAGAAUUAAAAGCGAAUGAAAACGGAACCGGUCCUGGACCAUCCAAAACAGCGAUGAAUGGCGUAGAAACCCACAAAGAAGGACAAAAAAGCGACGGAGCUGACACCUGUAAUUCCCAAGGCUCCAACCAAUCGAAAAAAUCCAAAACAAGCUAUGAUAAAUUAGCACUAAGCAGAACUUUGCUUAAAGAUUUGACACUGAUCGGUCGCGGUGAAUUUGGCGAUAUUCUCAUAGCUAAAGUUUCUCACAGCAGUGUGACAUUAAUACAUUCAGAAAAAAGAACGUCAGGUACAUCAAAUAAAACUGACAAAUCUUCUGAAAAGCCGUCAGAUGAGAAAGCACAGGAGGAUAAAGAACUGCAUUGUUUAGUUAAGGUUCUAUCUCAAACCAAAGAUGAAAGUACUCUAAUGGAAUUCAAGAGAGAAAUAGAUAUGUUCACUAAACUGUCGCACGAAAAUAUAACUAAGUUGUUUGGGUUGUGCAGGGAACAAGAACCCCAUUAUAUGAUUAUGGAACAUACUGAUUGGGGUGACUUAAAGAAAUUCCUAGUUGCUACAAAGACAGGUACCCCACCACCACUGACGACAGUCCAAUGUGUCGGUAUCAUUCACCAAUUGUGUAGAGGAAUGGACCAUUUAGCAAACAACAGAAUGGUGCACAAGGAUUUAGCCGCCAGGAAUUGUUUAGUAACUUCUAGUUUAGUAGUUAAAGUCGGAAUACCGAAGCUAUCCAGAGACCCUUACAGUCAAGAAUACUGUAAACAUGUUAAUCAGGUUAUACCACUGAGGUGGUUACCUUAUGAAGCUGUUUAUGAAGACGAGUAUUCAACAAAAAGCGACGUGUAUGCGUUUGGUGUGUUCGUUGGGGAAGUGUUUUCACAAGGAGAACUCCCCCAUCCAAAGAUAAACGAUAACACAUUCUUGACAAAGCUGAAGGAGAAAAAAUUGGAAUGGAAAUCUCACGAAUCAACACCAGAAGACUUACAAAAAAUUCAGGAGUCAUGCUGGGAUUUAAAUCCACAAAAUCGGCCAACUUUUGCCCAACUAUCCAAGGAAAUUGGAGAAAUUCUGAAGUCGCUGUAAAUAUAGGUAUUUUUAUUCAAACUAAGUCACACUAGUUGAGUUUAAUUUAUCAUUAAAUAAUGUAUAUGCUUAAGUAUAUCUAUGAAUUAUCCUCAAAAGUAUUUAUAUUUCCUUUUGUACUCAACUAUAAAAAAUUACUUGCAAAUAAUAGGUUAUGUACUAGUAGUUUUUAAGGAAAAUUAACGAAUUAUUUAAUUAAUUAAUUGUAGUAUCUCAAGAGAGUUAUUAAUUGUAAGCUUCUAAUGAAUUUAAUACUACAAUACGGAAAAUAAUUGAAUUUAGUAUGAAUGAAUAUUUAUAACAUGGUCUAUAUGUAUGACUAUUUUUCCUUAAUAACUUCGUAAUAAAAACUUGCCAAGUGUCGAAUUUGCGCGUUUCUUUUGUAUAGUUUUUAUUUCGAUUGAUCUCAAGAUUUUGUAAUAUUUUCUGGACUGUGCUAGAAAAUCUUCAAUUUGUUUCAUGCCAAAGAUAUGGACAAAACAAAUAAUAAUAGUAAUACACAGUGUAGAGUCGAAAGAAACUUACGAAUUUAAUCGAUUAAUGCUUAAACAUAUCAGUCUAAAACCUAUAUAUUAAUAAUUUGACUUUGGUAUGCAGCAAAUUUAUUUUUGUUAUAUUUAACUUGCACAGUUUUUGGGAGGUUCACAAGACUUAUAUUAUUAUUAUUAUUAUUAACGUAAUAGUACUUAUUUAAGAAACAUUGUACAUAUCAGUUUUUUAAGUUAAUAAACAUAUAUAUGCUUUUUUCUGUUGAAGAAAUGUACUGUGGUGUGGUAUCCGUAAGAAAAAUAUUCCAUUACAUCAAGUAUAAAUACGAAUUUAAGGUUCCAAAUAAUGGAAUUUUGAAUAAUUUAUUACUAUUUUGUUUAUUACUACACACAGGGUUUGUCAAAAAGUUCGCAAGAAAUGGAUAAAAAUUUAUUAAUACUUAAAAAAGGCAGGAUUUCUGUAGUAAACUCCAUAAUAAAAUAAUUUUGACAUUUGCCAUGCUAAUGUCGGAAAAAGUCAAAGAAAAAUUGUUCAGAAUUUAAUUUUACAUCUAGUCUGUCCAACAAGUCAGGGAAGAUUUCGACAUACGGCAUCCAAAAAAUGACAGAAAAUACAAACAAUUUGCAUGUGAAUUAAAUUUUGAGAUGGAGCUAUACAAAAUUCACAUAAGUCGGUCCUUUUCGUUCAACAGUUUUGAACUAAGCAAGCGUGAGAAGUGCUUUGCGAUUAGUUGAUUUAUUUCAUACUAACCAAUAUAAGUAGUUUUCCAAGUUUCUAUCUACCACGUAAAUCAAUUUAGCGUCUGACUAUUCGCGCCUUUACUUAUAAAUUUAAAUUUAAUCUCUGUUGAAAUAAUACCAUUACCAAUAAAAAAAUAAUAUAUUAUUCGUUAUGAAUAUUUAGAGUUUAAAGUAGUGCGCGGGCAGGUGAAAGCGUUCAGAGAUGAAGUAGACGAAUUAGAUCGUUUUAUUUGGCGCCUGCGCACGAAAAUCCUGUUGAACCGAAAGGACAGACUUAUGCAAGAUUGAUAUUCCUAUUUCUUUUCUUUGGCUUCACUUCCCACUCAUUGUGUAAAUGCGGUACUAGCAAUAUAUUCUUAUAAUACAGGGUUGUUCACCACAUACGACACGGAGUAUUGUAGCUUAAGAUUAGAUUUUUACAAAU